GUUACAUUACACAUGGGUUGAUGUUGGCACUCCAAAUGUUUCAUUCCUGGUGGCAUUGGAUGCUGGGAGUGAUUUGUUCUGGGUUCCCUGUGAUUGCAUAAAAUGUGCUCCCCUGUCUGGCUAUCAUGGUAGUUUGGAAAAAGAGCUUGGAAUGUAUAAUCCAGAUGAAUCCAAGACGAGCAAGCAUCUUUCCUGUAGUCAUGAGCUAUGUACUUUGGGUGGUAGUUGCAGUAGCUCAAAGCAACCUUGUCCUUACACUGUCAACUACUAUUCAGAAAAUACAUCUACUUCUGGCUUGCUGGUAGAGGAUACCAUCUACCUGGCAAAAACUGACGAUCACUCAUCAAUAAAAGCCCCUGUGAUUUUAGGGUGUGGCAGAAAGCAAAGUGGUGGUUAUUUAGAUGGUAUAGCUCCUGAUGGCCUUCUUGGAUUGGGAUUUGGUGAAAUUUCUGUUCCUAGCAUCUUGGCAAAGGCUGGAUUUGUGAGAAAUUCUUUCUCCAUGUGCUUCAGAGGUGAUGACUCUGGUAGAAUAUUUUUUGGUGAUCAAGGAGUUUCCACUCAGCAUUCAACUCCAUUUGUGGCAUUGGAUGGAAAAUAUGUUACUUACAUUAUCGGAGUGGAGAAAUUUUGUGUUGGAUCUUGGUGUUUUGGGAAAACCAGCUUUCAAGCACUAGUUGACAGUGGAUCCUCUUUCACAUUUCUACCUGAAGAAGUAUACAGGAAGGUUACUUUGGAGUUUGACAGGCAAAUUAAUGCUUCAAGGUUAGAUUAUGAUGGUUCACCAUGGGAAUACUGCUACAGUGCCAAUGCACUUGAGGCGCCUCAGGUUCCAUCUAUAACGUUAACUUUUUCGGUGAAUGAGAGUUUCGAAGUUAUCAAUCCUAUAUUCUCAAUUUAUGACAAAGAGGAACAUGAUCUAGCUGGAUUUUGUAUAGCUCUGCAAUCAUCAGCUGAAAGUAUAGGAACAAUUGGCCAAAAUUUUAUGACGGGAUAUCAUAUGGUCUUUGACAGAGAAAACUUGAAGUUAGGAUGGUCGCGUUCAGAUUGCCAUAAUCUUGACAACAGCACAACGAUUCCUCUUACUUCACCACCACACAGCACUACAGAUUCUCCACUGCCAACAAACCAGCAGCAAAGCUCCCCUAAUGGCCGAGAGGUAACGCCGGCCAUCGCCGGAAGGGCGCCCAGCACCACUUCUGCAGCCUCACCUCAGGAACCCCUCUGGUUUUGUUCCUUAUUUCUUUUUUUGUCUCAGUUUUUCUUAUCUUUAGUUGUUUGAAUGUUUAACAUUAAUAUAUAUUGAUAUGUGCAUAUUCAUAGUCUAUGUAAAUUUUAUAUCAUUAAGCAGGCUUGCCUUU